UAAUGAAAGCAGCGUUUUGUAGUCCGCUGGCAACACCGUCGCGACGGGCGCGGCGGCCGCGGGAGCGGGCAGUCAGUACGGCCGCUCCGCCGAGCCAGCGCCGAACGCGCGAUGCCCGCCCGCGCGCUCCCGUGUUGUGCUUUAUGAUGUGAUGCCCCGUGACCGCCACAAGUGGGCGGGACGCUCUCAGACACGGGGAGCUCUCAGCUAAGCGAAGUGGGUGACCGGUGUGGUGAUGGAGUUGGUAAUACUGAAGGCUCGAGCCCAACUGAAUCGUCUCGUGUCGGAGAAGCGGAGGCGAGGCGGGGGCGAGGGCGAGGGCGCGCGGCGGCGCCGGCGCAGCAUGACGCACGCGCCUCGCUCGCCCGCGCCCUUACUCGACGCCGCGGGCUACAACGCCUCGCUGUACAACGCGUCGCUCUACAACGCCUCGCGCUUCAACCUCACCUACGACGCUGACUACGACCAGCUGAACGGGAACGCCACGGACGACGAUAACCACUGGUUCUGUGCGAAGUGGACCAAUGCGCAGCAGGACUUGUUUCAGGCAGCGAAUCUCUGUUUCGCGAUCGCGUUCCUCGCGCCGAAGAGCUUCAAGCAGAGCAUCCUCGUGCUGCGCGCGCUCGCGUGCGCCGGUGCCGUGCUCAUGGGCAUGUGGGCCGGCGCUGAGGUGUGCGCGCCUGAUGUGCUGGCUUGGAGUCUGGCGUUGGUGUUCGUCAAUUCUGUACAUACAAUCUUCUUGAUUAUAAGGUUUCUUCCCCCAGCGCUCUCGCUGGAACUCACCGAGCUGUACCUCAAGCUCUUCAAGCCGCUUAAAGUGAACAAGAAGCACUUCCAAGAGCUGACGCGUGAGGCCAAGGUGCUGCGGCUGGAGCCGGGCGAGGCGUAUGCCGUGGAGGAUGUCACGCCCGCGGAUGAGAGGCUGUCUAUACUGCUGAAGGGGAAAAUGCGGGUCAGCUGUGACGAGACGCACCUGCACUUCAUUCAGCCGUACCAGUUCAUAGACUCGCCGGAGUGGGAGGCCAACCGCGAGCAAUCCGAUGACGUCUUCCAGGUGUCCGUGGUGGCUGAGGAGGUGUGCACGUGCGUGUGCUGGCCGCGCAUGCGCCUGGAGCGUGUGCUGCGGCACCGGCCGGCCCUCAAGGUCGUGCUCGACUGUCUCAUAGGAAAAGACAUAACCCUUAAGCUGUACUCAGUGAGCGAAGGCCUGGGCGCAGGGCCGUCAGACCGCGACGCUGAAACGGCGCAUUUGACGCGCUCGGCCAGCGUCGACGCUGUACAUGAGGGUACGCGCGGACGCCUGCGCAGCCUCGCGUGGCGUACGCGCUCCACCAGCAAGAGCAGCUCAUACUUCCAGCCAAUGGUGGCGCGCCAGUUCCUCAAGCAGUCGCCGUUCGGGCGCGGCGUGCCGCGGCUGCUCACGCAAGCAUCCUCGGCUAGCCUACAGCCGCCGCGCCCCCGCAGUCCGCCGCGGCGCGCGGCAUCCUUCCGCCGCGGCAGGGAGGUCAAGUUCGCCGAGGCGGCGCACGAGAUGGUGUGACAAGGGCCGCGGCCCCAGCAGGAGCUGGAGCCGCUGGUGACGCCUCACUCUUCGCCCCUCACACCCGCGCGGUACCCCUGACCGAGGAGCGAGCGAACGAUUAACACCACGGACUUUUAAAGGCUAUCACAGUGGAAUUGUGAGACAUUAUGUUAUAGAACAGACGGAAAUCUCUAUUUAUUUGUUAGAUUUUGCUUUUGAAGAUAUGCCCACGUUACCAGUAAAGUUUCACAUUCAGCUAACGUUAAUUAUUUGCUAUUCAGAUCAUUGAAAUGUUAUUACUACGUAUAGAACUGGCACAGAGAACCAGUACUUUGCGCCACGAGUUGUUGUCGCCCGACAACCAACUACGGAAGCGGAGCGUGAAUCUCGCAACCUAAACGCGUAAGCGCCGUGAAUUGUGUGUGCGUGUGUUUGUCACGUGGUACAGGUUGCGAUUGGUAUGGCUUCUCUAUAGUAAUAAUAAUUCAAUGAUUCAGAUAAAUGUUAGUUGAACAUGAGAGCGUACUGGUGUGUGGCUGGUUUGAAUGACUGAUCUAUAUUAACUGUAGUCAUUUUGGUUAUACAUUAUGUAGAUGCCAAGUUGAUUUUACGAGCAGAUACGUUUA